AUGCGACCUCGCCAGAAUUACUUAAGCUUCACUGCUCUUCCUCUUCGUGAGUGUUUCAUAGCUUUUUUUUCUAAUUCAAGGAAGGAAAAUCUCCAUAUCCUGACAAUGGAUACUCGUCUCCUCCGUAGCUGCACCCUCUGUCGCCAGCGCAAGGUCAAAUGCGACCGCCAGCAACCUUGCUCCAACUGCACUAAGGCCAAAACCCAGUGCGUCUUCCCACCAGGCUUAGGUCGCGCCCCCAAACGACCUCGCAAGGCGGUUGAGGCACGGCUGCUGGCGCAACUGUCUCGACUGGAGAGCGUUGUUAAGCGUAUGGAACAACAGUCGCAAGACGCGACUUCUCGUGCAGCAUCCCAGCCCCUUUCCGAUGGGCGCGACUCCAAAAUCGAUCAAAAGUCUGGCCGGCUCGUAAUUGAUGAGAUGCACAGCUGCUACGUGAGCAGUCUUCCGUGGAGCCAACUGGGCGAUGAGAUUGAAGAACUGCGCGACUUACUCCACCAAACCUCCUCUGAAGACGAGAAAGAGCCUUCUAGCUCUGUGAUAGAAGGCGCUGGCCCUAACAGUGCACUUCUAGGCUACCGGGCGCUGGCGCAUUCACUGCAGCCCUACCACCCCCAAAUACACCAAGCGGUGGCCCUAUUCAAUAUCUUCAGUACGAAUGUCACCCCUCUUGUUCGUAUUUUCCACAUGCCCACGCUACACCGAGUAUUCUGGGAUGCAGUCGCAUCAAUGGAGACCGUCGACAGGAACAUUGAAGCACUACUAUUCGCAAUAUAUUACGCUGCAAUUAUCAGCCUCGAAUCUUCGCAAUGUCUCGACCUUCUAGGCCUGCCGAGGGCUUCAGCCCUAGAAACCUACCGAUUUGCUGUCGAGCAAGCUACAGCGCGCGCCGAUCUUCUAAAUACCCAAAACCUGAUCCUGCUGCAAGCAACCGUUUUGUUCCUGACGGCGCUCCGAAAUGAGGACGAUUCCCGCACGGUGUGGUCUCUUACUUCGCUUGUAUACCAUAUCGCGCAGGCCAUGGGCCUCCAUCGCGAUGGCCAGGAGUUCGGCCUGAGACCUCUAGAAACUGAACUGCGGAGACGCCUCUGGUGGCAUAUAUGCUUGCUUGAUAACCGCUCAACAGAUUACCACGGUACUGAGCCGAUUGUACAGGAAGCCGCCUUCGAUACUCGGAUGCCACUGAAUAUCAACGAUACUGAUCUUACAGCAGAAAUGACUCAGCCACCAGUCGAACGCGAAGGCGUUACAGAGAUGACAUUCUGCCUUAUGCGCUGCCACGCCAUUCGUGCUGUUUGGAAGCUGGGCUACAUGGCUCCUCGCAAGAAAUUUGGGUCGGCCGCAGCGGACACCCAUCUAGACUCCGCAAACCAAGACUCCCUUGUGAAUGACCUGCAGCAUCUGCUGCAAGAUCGCUACCUGAAACACUGCGACACCCUAAACCCCUUCCCCCGCCUCGCCCUGUCAGUGGCCCGAAUAAUUACCUUGCGGCUGCGGAUGACGAUCCUCUCGCCACGCUGUCGUACCGACAAGACCGCCCGUGAGCAUCUGUUCAACAUAACCGUUCAGAUCCUACGACUCUCAAACGACAUGCUAACAAGCGAAGAUAUGCGCCAGUGGGCAUGGCACUCCAAGACGCAUCUUCAGUGCUACUCGAUCGCGUUUCUGCUGGCAGAGCUAUGUCGCAGGCCUCCAAGCCCGGAAUGCGACCUCGCCUGGGAAUGCGUUACGGCUGUGUAUGAGCGGUGCAAUGGCAUGGAGACGGAGAAAAGGGGGCCGCUGUGGCGGUCGAUUCAGCGGCUCAUGGAAAGGGCAAGACAUGUAAGAGAGGUUCAGACUUCUUCUACUGAUGGGACUGGAACGGAACAUCCAUGGAAGGUUGCAGGUGAAGCGAUGAUAGCGAAUAAAGAUAAUAUAGGACCUACCGUGACAGCGACGGCUCUGGAGCCCCAAGAUCGGUUCUCUGGAGUGAAUUCGGCCAUGGACCCUUCGAUGGACAUGCUCAAUUCAUUCUUCCCUAACUUAUUCGAUGUCUCGGGCAUGGAUAUAUCCGGCUUGGUCUAA